CUACAGACCACUCCCACAACUCUGUAAGUAUAAAAAGGGAACUUCGGCCGUAGAGUUUUACCUGCAGAGCAGUUCCUCAAAGAACUUCUUGGUGUGAUUAAAACAGCUGUCUUCCAGUCAGGAUCCUUCUUUCGUGAAAAUGCCAGUGGAUUAUCACGUGACCAUUCACCUGUCAGAUGCGAGUGGGGCAAAGACCAAAGACUGGGUCGAUGUGACCCUGGUAGGAGAAAAGGGGAAGAGUGAAAAAACAAAUAUCCACUGGGGCAUUUCACUCUCAUGGAGAAAUGAGUACAGUGGUGCCAUAUCCUGCCCUGACGACCUUGGGAAAAUUUUGCUGAUUAAGCUUGAUAAAUCGUCUAUAGGGUUUGAAGAUUCGUGGUGUCCUACUAUUGCAGAGGUGGAAUCUCCCAUCGGAAAGAAGUUCCGCUUUCCCAUCUACCACUGGAUCACUGAUGAUGAAGGGCAUUGCUUCAGAGAAGGAACAGCUGCUUUGUGGUCUCAGGACAAUGAGGAACUCAGAAGGAUUCGGGAGCAGGAGAUUGAUAGGCAAAGGACAAUCUACUGCUGGGAUGAACAUAAGGAAGGAAUUCCUUACGGGAUGAAGGCUGAUGGCCCCUUUUCGCUGCCUUAUGAUGACCAAUACUCCCGGAGCAGGAAGAUAGAAGCAGGAUUCACAUUAGGCAAAGCAAUAAUAGAGCUGAAACUGGAAGAAUGGAUAUUGCACAAGGAUGAGUGGACUUCUAUCAGGGAUAUCGGAUCCCUGUAUGAGAAGCACCGGACUCCCGUUUCUGAUUAUGUCCGUGAACACUGGAUGGAUGAUGACUUCUUUGGCUACCAGUUUCUAAAUGGAGUCAACCCCAGGCUGAUCCAACGUUGUAAAGCCUUGCCUGAAAACUUUCCUGUGUGCAGUAAUGUGGAGCUCCAGGAGGAGAUAAAGAAUGGAAACAUUUUCCUGUGUGACUACAAGAUUUUGGACGAAGUGGAAACAAACAUCAUCAAUGAGAAGAAGCAGUACUUGGCGGCUCCUCUUGUUCUGCUCCGCUUGGAUGGUGGAAAAAUGAAGCCCAUCGCCAUUCAGCUGAAGCAGACUCCAGGACAGGACAAUCCUGUCUUUCGUCCCACCGAUCAUUGCGACUGGCUGUUGGCAAAGAUCUUUGUGCGAAGUGCAGAUUUCAACCUGCAUGAACUCAACAGUCACCUGCUGAGCACUCACCUGCUGGCUGACGUUUUUGCAGUGUCACUGAAGCGCAACCUUCCCAUGGUGCAUCCUGUGUACAAGCUUCUCAUUCCACACUUUCGCUACACUUUGUUCAUCAACAGUGACGCUCGAAAGUCUCUCAUAUCUAAAGAUGGAGUCUUCACCAAGUUUGCAGCUUCUGGUGGAGAAGGCAUGUGGACCAUCAUGAGGAGAUCCCUCAAAACACUGACGUACAGGUCCCUCUGCAUAAAAGAUGACAUCAAGGAUCGUGGGCUGGAGGAUGUGCCAAACUUCUACUACAAGGAGGAUGGAGAGAAGCUCUGGGACAUCAUCCACAGGUUUGUGGAGGAAAUGCUCGGUCUCUACUACAAAGAUGACAAUCAGGUCGAGCAAGACUGUGAAGUGCAGAACUGGAUUUUGGACAUCUUCAAACAUGGAUUCCUUUCUUGUAAAGAGAAUGGAAUUCCAGACAAGUUUGAGAGUCUGCCUGACUUGGUCAAGUUCGUUACCAUGGUGAUGUACACUUGCUCUGCUCAGCAUUCGGCUGUGAACACUGGACAGUAUGACUUCUACGGCUGGAUGCCCAACGCCCCCUGCAGCCUGCAGCUGCCGCCACCAACCACAAAGGGGGAAGUGACUCAAAAAAGAAUUCUGGCCACAUUCCCCAACAUUGAAACAACAGUUAAUUCCAUGGCUACUGUUUGGCUGCUCAGCAAGACAUUUUCUGAUGCGGUCCAUCUUGGUGACUACCCGCAGAAACAAUUCACCGAAGAACGUUCCCGAUUGAAGAUAAGAGCCUUCCAACGAGAGCUUAAGAAGUUAAGCACCGAAAUCAACGACCGAAACAAGAACAUGGAGAUAAAAUACACCUACCUGGACCCAUUGGUGAUGGAUAACAGCGUGAGCAUUUGAAUCUCAGCGUCAGCUGUUCGUUGUGCUCGGAGAAGAGACCAAGAGUCUGAUUUUAAUUGAUACUUUGGUGGAGGGAAAAUGCUUGAAUGCUGAUCAGGCUACAUACAAGUGCAUUAAUGCAGCUGUGUAAAAGUGAUUUAAUCGCAUCAUAUUGUCACAGUUCUGAACAAAACAUAACCAAAUUUGAAGCAGAUCCUUUUGAUUAGCAGCUGCUUCAAGGGUGUUUUCAGUUGGAUUUUUUUGUUUCAUUAAAGAUUUAUUGGCAGCACGGUGGCUUAGUGGUUAGCACUGUUGCCUCACAGCAAGAAGGUCCCCGGUUCGACUCCCAGGCCCGGCAGGGGCCUUUCUGUGUGGAGUUUGCAUGUUCUCCCCGUGCUUGCGUGGGUUUUCUCCGGGUACUCCGGCUUCCUCCCACAGUCCAAAAACAUGCAUACUAGGUUAAUUGAUGAUUCUAAAAUUGCCCGUAGGUGUGAGCGUGAGUGUGAUUGUGAGCAUGGUUUGUGUGUUUCUAUGUGUGGCCCUGUGAUGGACUGGUGACCUGUCCAGGGUGUAACCCCUGCCUCUCACCUAAAAUGAGCUGGGAUAGGCUCCAGCAGACCCCCGUGACCCCGCAAGGGAUAAAGCGGGUAAGAUAAUGAAUGAAUGAAUGAAUGAAUAAAGAUUUAUUGCCUUUUUUUCCCUAAUCAAUGACAACAUGUCACAUCUUUGUUACUUUACUUUGAUCAAGCAAGGAACAUCAUGUACUACAGAUGAUUAUUCCAUCAAUAAUAUUGAUACUUUUCUUGUUUUGCUUAAUAAACUAAUCAUUGGCUACAUUCUGCUUUGUAACUGUUCAAGUGAUCAAAAAUAAUCAAUAAACGAUUGUCUCCGAG